AUCUAUUGAUGUGUAACUUUGGGUGUGAUCCGUCAUAUAUGCUGCUCCUCCACUCUUUGUGCAGCCAGGAUCUCAGCAGCUGGUGCGAAAUAUGGAGCAGACAUCAAAAAGGCUGCAGUACUGGAGGCUCUACCUGCUGACGCUGGUGUUGGGAAUUGGAGGCUCAUUUCAAUAUGGAAUCCAAGUUUCUCUCAUCGCUUCUCCAGCAGUGCACGUUCAAAGUUUUGUGAACCACACAUGGAUGUUGAGGUACGGAGCUCCGCUGGAUGAUUCUACCAACCAGCUCAUCUGGUCGUUCAUCGUGGCCGUGUUAAGUCUGGGAGCCUGGGCCGGAGCCAUCCAUAGUGGCAGCCUUCCAGUCCGUUAUGGCCGGAAAAAAGCUCUUCUGAUUAACAAUGUUGUGGCGAUCGUCGCUGCCUUGCUCAUGGUCUUCAGCCGCAUGGCCAGGUCUUUUGAGAUGAUCUUGUUGGGCAGAUUUCUCUACGGAUACAAUGUUGGUCUCGGCCUCAGUGUUCACCUCAUGUACCUCGGGGAAAGUUCUCCAAAGAAACUCAGAGGUUUCAUGACCCUCACAAGCUCAAUCUUCAUUGGUUUUGGGAAAGUCAUGGGUCAGAUAAUUGGCAUCAAAGAGAUCAUGGGCACAGAAGAGAUGUGGCCAUAUCUCUUAGCCGUUAGUGGGAUUCCUGCCAUCCUGCAGUUUGUGUUGCUGCUAUUCUUCCCUGAGGCCCCUCGAUACCUUUAUAUAGAUAAAGGAGACACUGAAGGCAGCCAAAAAGCUUUACAGUGGCUGUGGCAGGAGGACAACCUGAAGCUGGAGCUGGAUGACAUGCAGAAAGAGAGACAGAGCACACAGGGAGAGAAGGCCAAGACCGUAAAGGAUGUUCUCACCUCUCGCUGUGUCAGAUGGCAGCUGCUGACUCUGGCCAUCCCCUGCGCUGGUGUUCAGUUCUGUGGCAUCAAUGCUCUGUACUUCUACGCCUUUGACAUCUUCCGUGAGUCGGGAGUGCCAGAGGACCAGAUGCAUUACUUGGCCAUUGGUAUUGGAGCCACAGAGCUCAUCACCAUCACACUGUGUUCAUUCCUGAUAGAUCGUGCCGGCAGAAAGAAGCUUAUGGGCUAUGGCUAUCUCCUGAUGGGUGUCACCAUGUGUGUUCUUACUGUCAUGCUGUCCAUCAAGGAUCUGAAUUCAUGGAUCCCAUACGUGAACAUCGGCCUGAUCUUUUGUGUCAUUUGCAUUUAUGGACUUGGACCUUCUGGAGUGUCCAUGGCCCUCCCUGCUGACCUCUUCCUACAAGCCUGGCGUCCUUCUGCUUUUGUGAUCAGUGGAACCAUCAACUGGCUCGGCAUGUUCCUUGUGGGCAUGUUGUUUGGCUACGUAGUGGAGGGACUCGGACAGUUCUGCUUCCUGAUUUUUGUGGCUUAUUCCAUCUUCAGUAGCGCAUUUAUGCUAUAUUUUGUCCCAGAGACCAAAGGAAAGACGAUGGUGGAGAUCAUGGAGGACUUCAACAAGCUGAAUUACAAGAACAGGGCAGCUGAUGUUGAAAAGACUGAUGUUGCUCUUGCCACUAAACUUUAAUUAUUUUUUAGUUUUUUAGUUUUACAUCAGUCGUUGUUUUUCGCCCCAUAAACCACAUCUUUCAGGGAACAGUUUUUCCAUUUUUGUGUGUUAUUUAUUACUUUGAGCAUAACCUUGAAAUCAGGUCAUAUGCAAAAAGUGCUCACAUUGAUUAUUGAUCAGUGAAAAGUUUUACAACAGCCCCAUUUAUCUGUUUUUUUUACUCAGAUUCAAGGAGCUCAAGUCCAGUGAAAACUCUUAAAUGGUACAAAGGUUUGAGGUAAACUGCCCCACGCAAAAUAUGUCACCAAAGAUGUAAAAAUAAUGUAAUUUCACACAAAACAGGCCUUCUUAGGGAUUAAUAAAAUGGUUAACUUCCAUCGUUUCUGCAGCAAUGGAAGUAAAUUAAACUUUGAAAGUCAAUCAUGCAAACAGAGGAAGACAGACUGGUUUGUCAGGAGUUCAUCCUACAGCAAGAAUAUGACCCAAACACGGAAAAAAUAAACAUACAGUGGCUUCAAAUGAUUUAAGAUUAACUGAUUUUAUGAAUUUAUUUGGGAAGAAUUGGACAAUUUUUUAUUUCUUGCCAAAUUUGGAGAUUUAAAAAAAUAAAAAUAAAACUUUUAAGGGAAAGUUUUAA